AUGGACUCCUCGAAGACAGAUGAUUUUGUUUUUUUUUUUUGCAAAUUGACAAAGUGUGGUCACUGUAAACAGUUUGCACCAGAAUAUGAAAAAAUUGCUAAAACAUUGAAGGAAAAUGAUCCCCCUAUACCAGUGGCUAAAGUUGAUGCCACUGCAGAGACUGCAAUAGCAAGCAGAUUUGAAGUCGGUGGUUAUCCCACAAUUAAAAUUCUGAAGAAGGGACAGCCAGUAGAUUAUGAUGGUGCAAGAACAGAAGAAGCAAUAGUCUCUAAAGUGAAAGAAGUGUCUCAGCCAGACUGGAUACCACCUCCUGAAGCUACUUUGGUCCUUACAAAAGACAACUUUGAUGAUGUGGUGAAUAAUGCUGACAUCAUUCUUGUGGAAUUCUAUGCACCUUGGUGUGGACACUGCAAGAGGCUGGCUCCUGAAUAUGAGAAAGCUGCACAAGAUCUUGCCAAACGAACGCCACCUAUCCCUUUGGCAAAAGUGGAUGCUACUGCUGAAACAGACCUUGCCACUCGGUUUGAAGUCACUGGCUAUCCAACACUCAAGAUUUUUCGCAAAGGCAAAGUUUUUGAAUACAAUGGGCCAAGAGAAAAGUUUGGAAUUGUUGAUUACAUGACUGAACAAGCCGGCCCUCCAUCUAAGCAGAUUCAAGCUGUUAAGCAAGUUCAGGAGUUCCUUAAGGAUGGUGAUGAUGUCAUUAUUGUUGGAAUUUUCACUGAUGAACAAGAUUCGACGUAUCAGACCUAUCAAGAUGCCUGUAACACUCUGCGCGAAGAUUAUAAAUUUCAUCAUUCAUUCAGCAGUGAAAUUGCAAACUUCUUAAAAGCAUCACCAAGACAGAUGGUCGUCAUGCAGCCGGAGAAAUUCCAGUCUAAAUAUGAAAAGAAAUUUCACAUUUUUGAUAUAAAAGAUUCUGCCACGGCUGCCGAGAUAAAAGAAUUUGUCACUAAGCAUGCUUUGCCUCUAGUUGGACACCGCAAGCAGUCUAAUGAUGCCAAGAGGUACUCCAAGCGACCUCUGGUCGUGGUUUACUAUGGGGUGGACUUCAGUUUUGACUACCGUGUUGCUACCCAGUACUGGAGAAACAAGGUGUUGGAAGUUGCCAAGGAUUUCCCAGAAUACACUUUUGCUAUUGCCAAUGAAGAGGACUAUUCUUCAGAAUUAGUUGACCUGGGGCUGGGUGAGAGUGGUGAAGAGGUUAACUGUGCAAUUCUAGAUGCCAGCGGCAAAAAAUAUGCAAUGGAUCCAGAAGAAUUUGAUUCAGACACCUUGAGGGAAUUUAUUGUAGCCUUUAAAAACGGAAAACUGAAGCCUGUCGUAAAGUCACAGCCAAUACCAAAAAGCAACAAAGGACUAAAAGUGGUUGUAGGUAAAACAUUUAAUGAGAUUGUAAUGGACAAAAAGAAGGAUGUCCUCAUCGAAUUCUAUGCUCCUUGGUGUGGCCAUUGUAAAAAACUAGAGCCUGUAUAUAUUGACCUGGGUAAGAAGUACAAGAAUGAAAAGAAUCUGGUUAUUGCUAAGAUGGAUGCCACUGCCAAUGACAUACCCAAUGAUAAAUACAAAGCAGAAGGAUUUCCCACUAUUUAUUUUGCUCCUGCAAAGAACAAAAACAACCCAGUCAAGUUUGAAGGUCAGAACAGAGAUUUAGAAGGCCUAAGUAAAUUUAUAGAAGAGCACUCAACACAACUGUCCAGCAGGAGCAGGGAUGAACUGUAAGCAGAGCAGAAAUUGCAACAUUUCUACACGUUACUUUAAGACUUUUGAUGCAGUAUGACCAAAUACAUCCUGGGCUGAUAAAUGGUUAUUAAAGCCAGAGUUUCAUGCCUAAAAUAUUUGGACAUUGAAUCUGUGCACUACUGUUUGUUUUGGUAUCAGGUGAUGGAAAGUUCCAGUCCAGAUGUUUUUUUCUUUGUUUCAUGAACAUUACUGUGCACAACU